AUGGCGACGAACAACCCAGUGUUGCAGGAGAUGCUGCAGGAGCUUGAACACGAACUUGAGGAGGGAGAUAUCACAGAAAAAGGUUACCAGAAACGCCGCACUCUUCUCCUCUCGCAGUUUUUAAGCUCUCCGUCCGAGUCUGCGGAGCUGAAGGGUUUACGAGUACACUCCCCGGACAACACAGCACACCCAUCACACAAUGGCUCUCGAACCGCUUCACUUGCAGCGCUUAAUGCCAAUACAAGCCCAUUCAGCGAGCAGUAUGAACAGAGACCUGAUAUUCCACCGCAAUCGCAGGCGCGAUUAGACACUAUGGGAAGUGGGUUUAAUGGCUUUGGGGAUAGUAGAGCUCAAGAAGGAGGGUUUGCAUCUGGUGGGAGGCCCAAGGAACUUAGGCUUGGUAUACAAGGCACUGCUCACAGGCAAUCAUACGGUGCCGACUCUCUAUUUCUCCCAAGGACACCAAAUACUGGCGCAAUAUCCGCUGAGCCAACGAUGACAAUGGGUACUAUGACCUCGGGGGCGAACUAUGCUUUUAAUCCCGCGCAUCAAGUUGGCUUUUCUGAACAGCAGCCAAACAACGCAUACGAAAGCCAUGCUGGCACCAUGAUGGAUUCGCAUGGCACUAUGCUAGGAGAAUCACAACAAGGAUACUUUUCCGAUUUCGCGGGCCAGCAAGGCUAUGAUAAUGGCGCAUCAAAUUCCUAUGGCGGUGGACCGCACAGGUACUCUUCGAGCGAUGCAUUCUCGCCGACAGCAGCCAUGGCUCCUCCAAUGUUGACCACAAGCGAUCUGCCUCCACCAGCCGCUCUUGAAUAUCAAAUGCCCUUAGAGCCACGGGAUGUGCCAUUCGCCGUAUAUGAUCCUCAUGAUGGGAACACUCCUAUGUCUAAAUUUGAUAACAUCGCUGCAGUCUUACGUCACCGCAGCAAAGCGAUGGCAAAAGCACCAGCCUAUUGGGUUCUAGAUGGAAAGGGGAAGGAAAUUGCCUCUAUCACCUGGGAUAAACUAACUAGCAGGGCGGAAAAGGUCGCUCAAGUAAUUAGAGAUAAGAGCUCUCUAUAUCGGGGAGAUCGAGUGGCCUUGAUCUAUCGCGAUACGGAAAUUAUUGAUUUCGCCAUUGCGCUACUUGGCUGUUUUAUUGCUGGCGUGGUAGCUGUCCCAAUCAACGACCUUGAAGAUUAUGCGAAACUUAACGUCAUCCUUACUUCGACGCAAGCUCAUCUUGCACUUACAACCGACUACAAUUUAAAGGCGUUCCAGCGAGAUAUUACUACUCAAAAACUCAAUUGGCCGCGCGGGGUUGAGUGGUGGAAGACGAAUGAGUUUGGAAGUUGGCAUCCAAAGAAGAAAGAAGAUAUGCCACCAUUAACGGUUCCAGAUCUCGCCUACAUCGAGUUUUCUCGGGCGCCAACAGGAGACUUGAGAGGUGUUGUUAUGAGCCACCGCACUAUUAUGCAUCAGAUGGCCUGUCUAAGCGCCAUAAUAUCCACCGUCCCAUCAAACACGACCGGAGACACAUUCAGCUCUGGUUUAAGGGAUAAAAAUGGUAGACUCAUGGCUCGAAGUAGCAAUCGUGGGGAAAUUCUUCUUUCUUACUUGGAUCCGCGGCAAGGUAUUGGCAUGAUCCUUGGUGUCCUACUUACAGUCUAUGGCGGUCACACAACGGUGUGGAUGGAGAACAAGGCCGUUGAAACCCCCGGUCUUUACGCAUUUUUAAUCACUAAAUACAGUGCGACGUUGAUGCUUGCAGAUUAUCCUGGUUUGAAGAGAGCCGCCUACAACUACCAACAAGAUCCGAUGACUACUAGAAAUUUCAAGAAAGGAAUAGAACCAAACUUUCAGCAUGUCAAGCUUUGUUUAAUAGAUACACUCACCGUGGAUAGCGAAUUCCACGAGGUGCUUGCAGAUCGAUGGUUACGACCAAUGAGGAAUCCUAGGGCGCGCGAAUUGGUUGCGCCGAUGCUUUGUCUUCCAGAACAUGGCGGUAUGGUAAUAAGCAUGCGAGACUGGCUUGGCGGCGAGGAGCGUAUGGGUUGUCCGCUGAAAUUAGACAUGGGUUCUGAUACGGAGUCCAUCGAAAAGGUCGGCGAAAAGGAGAAGCCAUCGGGCCCCGGAUUCGGUAGUCUGAUAGGAGGUGGCAGUACCACGCCCACGGAACAGCAAGGAAGGACGGAGUUGAGUGAAGUGUUAUUGGACCGAGAGGCCCUGAAAACGAAUGAGGUUGUUGUUGUAGCGAUCGGCGAAGAAGCUCGCAAGAAGGCAAGCAGCGAGCCCGGAACGGUUCGAGUUGGUGCCUUUGGAUUUCCAAUCCCAGAUGCCACGCUAGCUGUAGUCGACCCUGAGACGGGUCUGUUAGCUUCGCCGCACUCUGUGGGUGAAAUUUGGGUUGAUUCUCCAUCUCUUUCGGGGGGGUUCUGGGCGUUGCCGAAGCAUACAGAGCAAAUCUUCCAUGCACGCCCUUAUAAAUUCGAGCAAGGUGACCCAACUCCAAUGAUGGUAGAGCCUGAAUUCUUACGCACUGGGCUACUGGGCACUGUUAUUGAAGGGAAGCUCUUCGUGCUAGGUCUUUACGAGGAUCGGUUGCGCCAAAAGGUUGAAUGGGUGGAACAUGGACACGAGAUUGCUGAACAUCGCUACUUCUUUGUGCAACAUAUCAUCGUCAGUAUUAUGAAGAAUGUGCCGAAGAUCUACGACUGCUCGGCGUUCGAUGUCUUCGUAAAUGACGAGCACCUGCCGAUUGUGUUGUUGGAAUCUCAAUCCGCUUCAACCGCUCCUGUAACUUCUGGUGGACCACCUCGGCAAUUGGAUACUGCCUUACUUGAUUCAUUGUCAGAGCGAUGCAUGGAGGUCUUGAUGCAGGAACAUCAUUUACGUGUUUAUUGUGUAAUGAUUACGGCACCCAAUAGUCUGCCAAAAGUCUUGAAAAAUGGGCGCAGGGAGAUUGGUAACAUGCUUUGUAGGAGAGAGUUUGACUUGGGCAACCUGCCUUGUGUACACGUCAAAUUUGGUGUCGAGCGCGCUGUACUGAAUUUGCCAAUUGGUGUUGAUCCAAUCGGUGGCAUAUGGUCACCACUGGCAUCUGCAACACGGGAAGACAUUUUGUCUCCAGGCGAUAAGCAAUACUCUGGAAUCGAUCGCCGCGAGGUUGUGAUAGACGAUCGUACAUCAACGCCACUCAACAACUUCACUAGUAUUGUGGAUUUGUUGCAAUGGAGAGUUGCCCGCCAAGCCGAUGAACUGUCAUACUGUACUAUUGAUGGCAGAGGUAAAGAGGGCAAGGGCAUCACGUGGAAAAAGUUCGAUACUAAGGUAGCUGCUGUGGCAAUGUACCUCAAGAACAAAGUCAAGAUCCGACCUGGGGAUCAUCUCAUUCUAAUGUAUACUCAUUCUGAGGACUUUGUAUACGCUGCGCAUGCCUGCUUUUGUCUGGGCGCUACGGCCAUACCUAUGGCUCCUUUGGAUCAAAAUCGGCUUAACGAGGAUGCACCGGCUUUUCUGCAUAUGGUGGCGGACUAUACUGUGAAAGCAGUGUUAGUAAACCAGGACGUGGACCACUUGCUGAAGCAGAAGGCAGUGUCACAGCAUCUCAAGCAAUCUGCGCAAGUUCUAAAGGUGUCAGUUCCAAGUGUGUACAAUACAACAAAACCCCCGAAACAAAACAGCGGAUGCAGAGAUCUCGGUCUAACCAUGCAGCCCAGUUGGGUUCAGCCAGGGUAUCCCGUUCUUGUAUGGACUUACUGGACUCCCGAUCAGAGACGCAUAGCAGUCCAACUGGGACAUGAUACCAUUAUGGGAAUGUGCAAAGUUCAAAAGGAGACUUGCCAAAUGACGAGUUCAAGACCGGUACUUGGAUGCGUUCGCAGCACAAGCGGUCUAGGUUUCAUUCAUACAUGCUUAAUGGGGAUUUUCGUGGGCGCCCCAACAUACUUAGUCUCACCGGUCGAAUUUGCUCAGAAUCCAGUAUCUCUUUUCCUAACAUUGUCACGAUACAAGAUCAAGGAUACCUAUGCUACACCUCAAAUGCUGGAUCAUGCCAUGUCAAUAAUGCCUGGUAAAGGUUUCACCCUUCAUGAGCUGAAAAACAUGAUGAUUUCCGCGGAAGGGCGACCUCGAGUCGAUGUGUUCCAGAAAGUUCGACUUCAUUUUGCAGCCACUGGUUUGGACCGCACAGCGAUCAACACUAUCUACUCUCAUGUUUUGAAUCCAAUGAUUGCAUCGAGGUCAUAUAUGUGUAUCGAGCCAAUAGAACUGUGGUUAGACCCAGGAGCCCUAAGAAGAGGCAUGAUCUAUCCUGUGGAUCCUGAUACGGAUCCGAAGUCGCUUCUAAUUCAAGAUUCCGGUAUGGUACCAGUCUCGACUCAAAUAGCGAUCGUCAACCCUGAAAGUCGUGCACUAUGUCACGAUGGAGAAUAUGGUGAGAUCUGGGUAGACUCAGAAGCAUGCGUAAAAUCGUUCUACGGUUCCAAAGAUGCAUUCGAUUCAGAAAGGUUCGAUGGCCGCACAAUCGACGGCGACCCAAGUGUCCAAUACGUUCGUACUGGGGAUCUCGGGUUCCUUCACAACGUUAGCCGACCUAUUGGGCCCAAUGGUGCCCAGGUAGACAUGCAGGUGUUAUUUGUGCUUGGCAACAUUGGGGAGACAUUUGAAAUCAAUGGGCUCAGCCAUUUCCCGAUGGAUAUUGAAUACUCGGUUGAAAAGUGUCAUCGAAAUAUCGUACCCGGCGGCUGCGCAAUUUUCCAAGCCGGUGGCCUUAUUGUCGUUCUGGUCGAGGUUGGAAGGAAAGCAUAUUUGGCCUCGAUUGUCCCUGUCAUUGUGAACGCUAUUCUCAACGAGCAUCAAAUCGUGGUUGACAUUGUAGCAUUCGUUAACAAAGGGGACUUUCCAAGGUCACGACUGGGAGAGAAACAACGAGGCAAAAUCUUGGCUAGCUGGGUCACACGAAAAAUGCGUACAAUGGCGCAAUUCGGUAUUAGAGAUCCCGACUCGGCUCUUCCGGAUGUGAUGGAGUCAAUUGAACCGCGAAGUGGAAUCAACAGUAUUCGAAAUAGCAGUGUCAUGGCUAGCAGCCUUCGAAAUGUCGAGCCUGCACCGCAGAUAAUCGAAGAACAAGAAUUUGAACGACAAAGGGAACAGGCUCAGAAUAGCUUUGUACCACUUCCCACAGGAAUAUCAGAAAUGCCAGCUAUGAGCUACGAUGACUCAAUGACCGGGUCUCUGCGAGACAAUAACGGAGCAUCGGUUCAGAGUGCGGAUACACCCACAAACACCCAUCACGGCCACUUUGAAUUACCCGGCGAUAAUUGGGAACUGGAGAAGAACCAGCUCCCUACCAUGCGUACAAGCGAUUUCGUAAUUCCCGGAUUUGAGGAAGGGCCGCCCCCCUCUGUUGGACCCAAGCCUCGCUUUGCUCCCCAAAGCGAUCCAGAACCGAACACAGGAGAUCUGUGGAGUUUGCCAAGUCAACAACCUCGUGGCGGCCUUCGAAUACAGAAUGGAGUCAGUGACGAUGAAGAUGAAUCUUGGAAGCAGGACGCGAUUAUGCAUAUGAAUCUUGGUCGAUAG